CGCAAAACCAGCUCCCUCCUCUUAGGCAGGGCUGUAGCCUACAGCUGGCAAUCGACAAGACAAAAGAGAGAGUCAGUAUUGGCCAUCGGACGCCCGUCUCCACUCUAUCAAGUGGAGAAAUUCACUCUGGCGAUGCGGAGUUAUUUUAAUUACUUUGUUUUCACUUUUAAAUGACUGCGACUGGACAUAUGUCUGUAGAUAACAACACAAGAAAGAUAUAGUUCCAAAACAUUAAGGGAAAAAGACUAACUGGAGACAAAAAAAUCUGCAACAAGACAAAAGAUGUGGAGCUCCGCGUGGUGUCAGGGGUGGGAUGUGGCAGUGGUUCUGCUGCUUGGCGUGUGGCUGCCCUCUAGCUUGGGCCAGACGACACCGUCCCCCCAGCAUCAGAGCAACAAGCUGCAGUUCCGGCUGGUGGGCUACCCCCGCAAGCACAACGAGGGCCGCGUGGAGGUCUUCUACAAGGGCGAGUGGGGCACCAUCUGCGACGACGACUUCUCCUUGGCCAACGCCCACGUGCUGUGCCGCCACCUCGGCUUCAUCGCCGCCACUGGCUGGACUCACAGCGCACAGUACGGCAAAGGGACAGGAAAGAUCUGGCUGGACAACAUGCAGUGCACCGGGACUGAGAAGAGUGUUGAGCUGUGCAAGUCCCAUGGCUGGGGCAACAGCGACUGCACCCAUGACGAGGAUGCCGGUGUGAUCUGUCAGGACGAGAGGCUGCCAGGCUUUGUGGAAUCCAACGUCAUCGAGAUGCAGGUGGAGGAAGAUAAAGUGGAGGCUGUCCGUUUGCGAUCGGUGGUGGUCGCCACCAAAACAAAAAUGCCGAUCGCGGAGGGCAUCGUGGAGGUGAAGUACAAGGACGGCUGGGCCCAGAUCUGUGACCUCGGCUGGACCCCCAAAAACUCCCGGGUCGUCUGUGGCCAAAUGGGCUUCCCAUUUGAGAGGAAGGUGAACAAGAACUUCUAUAAACGAAAUAAAAGAGCAACAGGGCCAAAACUCAAGGGUAACGGUUCAGCUGGAUCCAGGCAGAAACCCAUCCCCAAACCUAAACUUAGCCCUAGGUCUCCACUGAACAACUCGUGGGGAGGAAAAAGGCUGUUUACAGGGAGGCAGAAGAACUUCUAUCGAAUCUACUCGGUGGCCUGCCUAGGGACAGAGGGCCACCUGUCUGCCUGCCCCCUGCAGUUCAGCAAGGGGAACGCCAGUGCCCCCUGUCGGGGAGGCAUGCCGGCUGUGGUCAGCUGUGUGCCUGGACCACUCUAUUCGCAUGUGAACAGCCGGAAGAAGAAGCUGAAAAUAUCGAGCACCGUAAGGCUGAAGGGGGGAGCUAAGAUCGGGGAAGGGCGUGUGGAGGUGCUGAAGAACAACGAGUGGGGGACGGUGUGCGACGACCGCUGGAACCUACAGGCGGCCAGCGUGGUGUGCAGGGAGCUGGGCUUCGGCAGUGCCAAGGAGGCGCUGCUGGGGGCCCGCAUGGGGCAAAGCAUGGGACCCGUCCACCUGAACGAAGUCCAGUGCAGCGGGCUGGAGCGGACCAUCUGGAGCUGCCGCUACAAGAACGUCACGUCGGAGACGUGCAAGCACGAGAAGGACGCCGCCCUGAGGUGCAACGUGCCCUACAUGGCCUACGAGAACACGAUCCGCAUCACCGGCGGGCGCACCCGCUACGAGGGUCGCGUGGAGGUGGCGACCACCAACGAGAACGGGACGCAGGGCUGGGGUCUGAUCUGCGGAGAGGGCUGGAGCACGCGGGAGGCCAUGGUGGUCUGCAGGCAGCUGGGGCUGGGCUACGCUAACCACGGCCUGCAAAUCCGGAUCGUCGGGGGACGGACGAUGCGUGAGGGUCGGGUAGAGGUUAAGAUUGGGUCCAAGUGGGGCACUGUGUGCAGUGAUGGAUGGACCACAAAGGAGGCCAUGGUGGCCUGCCGACAGCUAGGCCUGGGGUACUCCAUGCAUGCCAUCACUGAAACGUGGUACUGGGACGGCAGCAACGUGACGGAGAUGGUGCUGAGCGGGGUGAAGUGCUCCGGGGACGAGAUGACGCUUAGCCACUGCCAGCGACACAAGGCCGUCAGCUGCCAGAAGGCGGCGGCGAGGUUCUCCGCGGGGGUCAUCUGCUCCGAGACCGCCUCCGACCUGGCGCUGAACGCCUCGCUGGUCCAGCAGACGGUCUACAUCGAGGACCGGCCGCUGCACAUGCUCUACUGCGCCGCUGAGGAGGACUGCCUCUCCAAGAGCGCGGCCAAGGCCAACUGGCCCUACGGCCAUCGCCGCCUGCUCCGCUUCUCCUCCCAGAUCCACAACAUCGGACGCGCCGACUUCCGCCCCAAAGCCGGCCGCCACUCCUGGGUGUGGCACGCCUGCCACGCGCAUUACCACAGUAUGGACAUCUUCACACACUACGACCUGCUGUCCGUCAACGGGACCAAGGCGGCGGAAGGUCACAAGGCCAGCUUCUGCUUGGAAGACAACGAGUGCCUAGAAGGCGUUUCGAAAAGGUACGAGUGCGCCAACUUUGGCGAACAGGGCAUCACGGUGGGCUGCUACGACCAGUAUAGCCACGACAUCGACUGCCAGUGGAUCGACAUCACUGACGUAAAGCCGGGAAACUACAUAUUACAGAUUGUGAUCAACCCCAAUUAUGAGGUGGCAGAAAGCGACUUCACCAACAACGCCAUGAAGUGUAACUGUAAAUACGAUGGCCAUCGCAUUUGGCUGCACAACUGUCAUAUUGGUGACGCUUUCAGCGAAGAGGCAGAAAGGAGGUUUGAAAAGUACCCUGGGCAGCUCAACAACCAGAUUUCCUAAAUCCAGGAGGGGCUCAGCAGGAGCCACUCCAAACGGCAGGACAGUAAAAGGGGCCAGGCCUUCGGUGCCAUGUAGCCCAGCCCCUUUUUCAGCUACCUAUUCCUAUGCCUUCCUGGAACAGGCAACCAACCAAGAAAGAGAACUGAAUUCAUUAUGAACUAAUACUUAAUUCUAGGCUGCAGUGGCAUAUAUGUCUGUUGCAACCCUAGAUACAGCGUUCCCUUUAUCAGAGGGCUGUGUAAUUGCUUCACGCAGUACGUGUCACAUUUGCAAACAUUAUUGUAUUUGAAUACUUCCUCAUUGAAAUACACACUUUUUGCCUUUCCUUCUUUAACGUGAAAACAUGCAGCCUUAUGUAUAUACUUCCAAGCUGGGAAAGUGUGCUACUUAAGAUUUUGAUCCACACUAUGUUCAUAUCUUUAUUUUAUAAUUGCUAAUGCACAAUCUGUAUUAAGAAUGAAUGUGUGUAAAUGAGUAUAGAAAGAUUUUAACCUAGUUGGUGCUCAGGUUUCAUUUGCCCAGAGAACUGGGAUAGACAACGCUUCUGUUGUUGGUCCUGUCAGUCUAGUGCAUUCCACUCUGUUGGAAGUGGGCAGACAUACAGUUUCCUAUAAUUCCUAAGUAUCAAUUCAGAAGGAACAAAUCUUGUGGUAAUGCCACCGAAAUCACUGUUCAUAACCUCCAUCCUCUGAGUGCUAAUUGCUAACUCAUACAGUAGAGCUAUAUAUGCAUUAAUGUAGAAGGAUUCAUUUGCGUGUAACUAGCCUGUUGGCAAAGGUCGCUUUUAGCAUGCUAUAGUCUUGCUAAUAUAGACAAAGUAGGUGGCCGUAGGAAAAACUUGUCUGAGUGUUGCAGAAGUCAGUCAAUUGCUAUAUUUCUACAAGAAUACCAAUGUUUUUUUUAAAUCUUAGACAGAUAAAAACUUCUAGUUUUCACUAAAACAGAUUUUCUGAGUAAAAAGAGGGACAUUGUGGUUAGCAGUGGGUUGAAUUAAUCAUUUGUCUGACAGAAUGAUGUGGAUUAUAAUGCAAUCCAGGCAAAGGAAAAUUGUGCAGCUGUUUUCAUUUGUCUUACAUAUGAAGGAGUUUUUCUUAUUUUACUGAACUGUCAACUUACUACUGGUGUUUUUGCAGUUAGUGAACUUUAUAGGCAAGUCACACAACCUUUUUUGUCUUCCCUACAAAGUUCUGUAACACAAAUCACGCAAGAUUUUCGGUUGACUUUAAAAUGGCAUUAUUUCAUGGCAAUGGAAACAGCCAGCUUAUGACGCUCUUCGUUCUUGUCACUGUUGUAGCCUUGUCUCACAUUAGUAGAACCCAGCAAAGAUGUUUUGGAUGGGGACAUGCACCUUCACCCUCCAUGUGAAACUGCACUGAACACUCCUCAGCUUGGCAGCUUCAGAAACAAAAUGGCAGAAGCUGCAUGCCAGCCUCAUGACAGGAAAUCAGUGUGAACCAUACAGUAAUGCCUUCCCUCACUGCAGGAAAGGGUUAGUGAGAUAAUGCCUUAUGGUACUCUUUUUUUAACUUUGCUUUGAUUUAUGUGGAACUGUAUCCUCUGUAAUGAACCAUUUUGUUGAAUGUAUUUAUUGUCCAUUUGCUCAAGAAUGUGGACUAUGAAAUCCAUUCAUUUUCCAUUCUAAAUGUUCAUGCCAAAAACAGUGUGGGCUAUAAUGGAUGUCUGUAUGCAAAGCAGAUCAGAAAAAUAAAUCUAAAUCAGGAAGUGAUUUUCCUUGUC